GUGGAAAGCCGCCUUUAGAUUUCUAAUUCUAACCUAACCUCACUUUUCUAACUUAAAUAAACAGGGAUUUUGAAUUUUUAGUUUUUUUCGAUUAUCAAAAAAUGAUUCGAAAUAGUUUAAAUUCAUUAUUUAAAUCAUUUACAAUAAGCAGUGAAUCCUCCGUAAUAAAUUCCACUAGAACAAUAAUUACAAGUAGUUCACUAUUUAGAAAUGUUGUUGAUAGAAAAGAGAUGCUCAGAUCCCUGCCAGCAACAGACGAAGGUACAGGAGGAGAAAAUAAUACGGCCGUUGAUUCCCUAAUACGUAAUAAGCAACAACUAUUUCCUACCGCUGAUUCACUGAAUAAAAUGUUCAAUGGUGUACCAUUCAAAGACCUUCCGAUUGUCAACAUUCGUGUUACAUCUAAUAAUACAAUAAUCAGUUUUACUGAUUCGAAAGGUGUCCCAAAAAUAAUUAGGUCUUGCGGAAUAGAAGGAUUCAAAAAUACCAGAAAAGGGACUAAUGUUGCUGCACAAACAACUGCUAUUACGUUUGGUACAAAAACAUUGGAAAGGGGUGUGAAAACUGUUCGAGUAAGAGUUCGUGGACUAGGCCCUGGUAGGAUGUCAGCUAUAAAAGGUUUACAAAUGGCCGGACUUGAUAUUGUUUCGAUAACAGACAGUACAAGAGUAUCGUGGAACCCUCCAAGAGCAAGAAAACAGAGAAAGCUCUAAGCUUUUUAAAAUUAAGUUUUGUUAUAAAUGUAAUACUUUAGAAAAUAUAUUAUUUAAAUCCCCGAAAACCAAGAUUAAAUCUGUCAAACCUAAAACCAAGCCAUUAGAAAACAAAAAUCAUGUAGUGAAAAAAUAUAUCACCUCAUCGUCCUUGCAGCCUAAGCAAAAGAAAUGUGGCUACUCACAAAUGCAUAUAAAUAUCGUAUUACCAAAUAUAACCAACCUAUUGUUUUUCAGGGAAUCGGUAACAUAAACACACAGCAGGUACAUAGAAAUUCUUGUCCCUAUACAAUAUACAUUACAUUUUACUGUUGGAAAAAUUUAAUUAACUUGUUGAAGUAACUAAAAUGAAUAAAAGAAGUAAGAUAAUUAAAUGCUUUGAGAUAUUACAAAAAUUAGAUUGCAAGCUUGUAAAGAGGUAGGUGGAAUACCAAAUAACCAAAUAAGUGUUUGAAGUAGUUUAGUAAUGUGUUCAAAUUGAAUUAUUGUAAUAAACCCAUGUUUAUCAAGGGUGAUCAAUAAAAUGAUCAUAUGGAAACGUUUUAAAGUUUUUUAAAAAUAUUUUCAAUUUUUUUUAAAAAUUUAUUUGGAUUAAUUUCUAAAUUUCG